AUGCAGCAGCAGCAGCAGCAGCAGCAGGAGCAGCAGCAAGGUGUUUCUGUGUCUCUCUUUGCUUCGCUCUGUGCUGCUCCCGUCUGUCGCCUCCUUAUUCUUUCUCUGUCUGCUGCUGGCAGCAAGCUGCUGCUGCAGCAGCAGGCGCUGCAGCUAGCUCAUCUGCUGCUGUCUGUGGGGGCCCUCCCCUCCGCAGCAGCAGCAGCAGCAGCAGCAGCAGCAGCAGCAGGGGAUAAGACACUGCAGCAGACAGAUGCUGCUGCUGCUGCUGCUGCUUCUGCUGCUAGUGAACAGCAGCAGCUACAGCAGCAGCAGCAGCAAAUAAGUGGGUCUGCUGCAGCAGCUUCGCAUGCAGCUCCGACAGCAGCAGCAGCAGCAGCAGCAGCAGCGGCAGCAGCACCUGCUGCAGCAGCAGCAGCAGCAGCAGCAGAAGGAGAAGCAGCAGAAGGAACUGUGGAGCAUUUGUUAGCAGCAGUAUGCCGUCUUGCUGCAGCAGCAGAUGACCUGCUGCUGCAGCAGCAAGCAGCACAAUGUCUGCUUGCUGCUUUCACUGCUGCUGCUUCUCCCGAAGCAGCAGAAGGAACUGUGGAGCAUUUGUUAGCAGCAGUAUGCCGUCUUGCUGCAGCAGCAGAUGAUCUGCUGCUGCAGCAGCAAGCAGCACAAUGUCUGCUUGCUGCUUUCACUGCUGCUGCUUCUCCUCUCCAUGGUGUUCAUCUGCUGCGGGUUUUUGCUGCUCUGUUUGCUGCUGCUGCUGCUGCAGCAGCAGCAGCAACUGCAGCAGACAACACUCAUAAAGCUGCUGCUCAUGCUGCGCUGCUGCAGGCCAUUGGCACUCUUCUACACAGGGCUGAUGCAGCAGCAGCAGCAGCAGCAGCAGCAGCAGCAGCAGCAGCAACUGCUGCUGCUGCGAAGGCAGAGCCGGAUACGGCAACAGCAGCAGCAGCAGCAGCAACAGGAGCGCCAGAUGCUGCAGCAGCAGAACGGAUAGCCCUGCAGCAGGUGCAGCAACAGAAGCAACAGCAGCAACAACAGCAACAGCAGCAGACACCCCACGAGCGCCACAAACUCCAGCAGCAGCAGCAGCAGCAGCAGCAGCAGCAGCAGCAGCAGCAACUGCUGCUGCUGCGAAGGCAGAGCCGGAUACAGCAGCAGCAGCAGCAGCAGCAGCAGCAGGAGCGCCAGAUGCUGCAGCAGCAGAAAGAACAGAUGCUGCUGCUGCCGCUGCUGCUGCAGCAGUUACAGCAGCAGCAGCAGCAGCAGCAAACAAAGCAGCUGCAGCAGCAGAAACAGCAGCAGCAGCAGCAGAUACAACAAAAGCUGCAGCAACAGAAGCAACGGAAGAUGCGGCUGCAGCAGCUAGCAGCAGCAGCAGCAAACAAAGCAGCUGCAGCAGCAGAAACAGCAGCAGCAGCAGCAGAUACAACAACAGCUGCAGCAACAGACGCAACGGCAGAUGCGGCUGCAGCAGCAGCUGCUGCUGCUGCAACAACUCCAGCAGCAGCAAACGCAGCAGCAGCAGCAGCACAGGGAGCUGCAGCAGCAGCAACGCCACCGGCUGCUCUGAAGCCCCUCUCUCUAUGCGAAAAGGGGAUAGCCCUGCAGCAGGUGCAGCAACAGAAGCAACAGCAGCAACAACAGCAACAGCAGCAGACACCCCGCGAGCGCCACAAACUCCAGCAGCAGCAGCAGCAGCAGCAGCAGCAGGAGCAGCAGCAGCAGGAGCAGCAGCAGCAGAGAACUGUGCAUGCUCACCCGGACCGCUUGACUCUGCAGCAACAGCAGAAACAGCAGCAGCAGCAGCAACAGCAGCAGCUGCUGCAGCAGCAGAUGCUGGUACUGCAGCAGCAGAAGGCCCACAGCGUCUGCUCAGCAUGA